CUAUUUUAUAGUAUCUGCUUUCACACUUGGUGUCACAUUUGCAAGGUGCCAUUUGAACAGCAGAAGAGGAAGAAGAGGUGCUGUGAAAAUAAACAAGAUGGUUUCUGCUGGGUUACAGAUGCUGGGUGCUGCCCUGGGCAUCAUUGGCUGGAUUGGUGUUAUUGUGGUGUGUGCUCUCCCUAUGUGGAGGGUCACAGCCUUCAUUGGAAGUAACAUUGUGACUUCGCAAAUCUCAUGGGAAGGCAUCUGGAUGAGCUGUGUCGUACAGAGCACUGGACAAAUGCAGUGUAAGGUCUAUGACUCCAUGCUAGCCCUCAGCUCCGAUCUUCAGGCUGCACGUGCCCUCACUGUCAUCUCCAUCGUGGUGGGUAUCAUGGCUAUCUUCCUGUCCAUGGCUGGAGGGAAGUGCACCAACUGUGUGGAGGAUGAGAGCUCCAAGGCAAAGGUUGCUGUGGGAGCAGGUGUGAUCUUCAUCAUCUCCGGUCUUCUGUGUCUGAUCCCUGUAUGCUGGACAGCCCAGACCAUCAUCCAGGACUUCUACAACCCACUAGUUAACCAAGCGCAGAAGAGGGAGCUGGGGGCCUCAUUGUUCAUCGGUUGGGGGGCUUCUGCUCUACUGAUCAUCGGAGGAGGCCUGCUGUGCUGCAGCUGCCCACCCAAGGAGGAAGGAUCAUAUGCUGCCAAGUACAGCGCUGCUCCUCGUUCCCAGGCUUCUGCACCCUCUGGCAAGGGCUACGUUUGAGAUGUUCCAGACCUUCAAAAACUGAUUCUAAUAAUAAUGUCCAAGAAGUACUGUCUCACUAACAGUCUUAACAGGCUUCAUGAAGACUUGAUGGACAAUUGUAAGAAUUGAUGUUACUAGUUUCUGUUUUAAAUAUAUACAAAAUAUAUCAAGAAUAAUGAGGAACCACAAUGAGAAAUGUAUUCUUGUUCUUUGCUUUAAGUGGAUGUAUGUGGUAUAAAAGUAUGAUUGAAUUUUAAUGCCAAAGCACAAGUGCUAUGUCAGUUUUAACAAGGUAAUGUGUAUUUUCACUUUGGUUAAGCUUCAAGAAAUUAAUGGUUUUGUAAAUAAAUAUUUUUUUGUACAGUGUAUCACCUUUUUUUCAUGUUUAAUGUCAAAACAGGAAAUAAACCACAACUGGUAUGGCCGUUUGUUCUCACUAGUCUUGAAAAUGAGAAAAUGUUUAUAAUGUCAUUGAAACUAGUUUCAAUGGUGGGGUAUAAAAAUGUCCAAAUUUCAUAGAGUUUAAACUCAAUGAUAUACGGAAAACAUUUCCAAAGGGAGUUGUCUUAACCUGACAAUCCAGUUUAGGUGUGGCUCAGUUUAAAAAAAAAGAUCACAUAACAUGUAAUUACAUAUGUAUGAGAAACGUUAGUUAAACCAAAGCAUUAAUUUAAACUAAUAAUUAGUUUACCACUCAGUGGAACAAUAUUUUUUUCUAUUUUUUUCAGUUUCAGAAAUAAGCCAGUCAGUGCUUAUAGUUGCUUUGAAAAAUGGAAUACAUUUGGCACUUCACUUCACUUAUUUUGCUGUCACUUGUGACCUGUAUUCCUUGUAUUGUUUUAAUCUCUACAUUACAACAGAUUACAGCUGCCUAGAAAAAAUAAAGAAAUGUGUAAUGUUGUAAGGCUGAGUACAUUUAACUUGCAAUGAAGCAGUCAUAUAAUUGAUGACAACCUUUCCCACUUGUUGUCUUUUAUAGUCUGUAUCUAUAUAUCUCUAUGCUCAAACUGA